ACUACGGUGCUGCUGAAUUCCUUAUUCUGAUUGGUCGGAAGAUGUUUCCAUAGUAACGACCGACACAACCGAUUAAAAAAAAUGUAUAGUUGGUGAUAUUUCUAGAAGGAGUCUCCAGUGUUAGCACGUUGUAACUGAGGUAAAGCUGUAGCUUUACUUUUUGUUUUGUUUCGUGGAGCUUUGUGGUUCCUCGGGAACAUGACAAGCUGUGUUUUUUCCCCGUUAACUACAAGAGAGAGAGAAAAAGCGAUGCUAGUGAAAGGACGACUGUUUAUAACCGGCUAUAUGAUGUCGAGAUCCAUCCUUUCACACUGAGGGCGACUGAGGGACUCGUACACGACUGUUACAUAAGUACCACCCUUCAGAAGCUACACAAGCUCUGAGCCGUCGAGGCAUGGACUCCACAAGACCUCUGAAGGUGUGCUGUGGUAUCUGACAUCCUUUAAGUCCUGUAAGUUGUGGAGGCCUCCAUUGAUCGGACUUGUUUGUCCGGCAAAUCCCACAGAUGCUCGAUCGGAUUGAGAUCUGUGGAAUUUGCAGGCCCACCUUGAACUGAGAGAGACCGCUGCCAUUAGGGAAUACCGUUGCCAUGAAGGGGUGGACUUGGUUCAGAUCUACAGCAUACACGUGCCCAUUUUUCCUGUUUCCAACACAUCAACUUCACUAUAUCCCACCCCUUGACAGGUGCCAUUGUAAAUUAGAUAAUCGAUGUGAUUCACUUUACCUGUCCGUGGUGGGCGCAUGAGGCAAGGCGAGGCGAGGCAAUAAUGCGACGCAGGAGACAGAAACAUCAUAAACACAGUGUUGUUUGAGCUCUGGCUUAGACAGAGGAUUUAAUGCGUCGUGUGUGACUUGGAUAAAAAUUCUCCAAAAUAAAAAUGAUAAAAUGAUUUAGAAGACUACACUUCCCACUUGGCUCCUGUGACGUAAGCAGGGGGCUGUUGGACGCUGUCAACAAACACCCAACGCCUCCUCCACGGAUUGGCUCAGGUUUGUCCACGUGAUUGAUCCGAGCCAACUAGAAUUGAGGGUUUUUUUCCAUCCCCAAGAUCAAAUUCCCGUUUUCGUAACCCUGAGCCCAGGAAAUGAUGACGCUCAUCUGUGGAGUGUCGCCGUGUUGUCAGCUGCUGCUCGCGGAGGAACUCAGAGGAACUCAGAGGACACGUUUCCUCUUCUAAUGCCAUAACUAACUCACUCCAUCUUUAUUAUUACUGUCUGGCAUUAGAAUAAAGCGUCGUCAUGGAAACCGCGUGUACAGUGAGGAUGAGGACGUGCCGCUGAUCGGAGACUGAAAUAAUAAUAAUAAUAAUAAUAAUAAAGAAAAUAAUAAUAAUAAUAAUAAAACUGCUGAUUUGAAAUAAGGAGUUUAAAUCACACACUGAUUAUAAUUUUUAUUUAUUUAUUAUUGUUAUUAUUAUUAUUAAAAAAAAAAAAACCCAUCAAUCACCAGAAGUCAGCUUUAACUCUCACGAUGAACGUGGGCACGGCGCACAGCGAGGUGAACCCUAACACACGUGUGAUGAACAGCCGGGGCAUGUGGCUGUCCUACCUGCUGGGCAUCGGCCUCCUGCACAUCAUCCUGCUCAGCAUCCCGUUCGUGAGCGUGCCCGUGGUGUGGACGCUCACUAACCUCAUCCACAACAUGUGCAUGUAUCUCCUACUGCACACGGUAAAGGGGACGCCGUUUGAGACUCCGGACCAGGGCAAGGCUCGGCUUCUCACUCACUGGGAGCAGAUGGAUUACGGUGUGCAGUUCACCGCCUCACGCAAGUUCCUCACCAUCACACCGAUUAUACUGUACUUCCUCACCAGCUUCUACACCAAGUACGACCGGAUCCACUUCGUCAUCAACACGGUGUCUCUGCUCACCGUGCUCAUCCCCAAGCUCCCUCAGCUGCACGGCGUCCGGCUCUUCGGGAUUAACAAGUACUGAAGAUGCUCUCCGCUCGCUCCUCGAACCCCGCGCUCUCCAGAUCAACACGUCCGAGGUUCAGAGGUUUUUUGAUGAAGCGCAGCAGGCAAUGUUGAGAAAGGGACACCUCGGCGCGAGUCACUUAACGUGAUGAUGAUAACCGUCGCCUUGUGUGUUGACGUUAACGGGUUCUGAAGGCUGAUUGUGAGGGAGAGCUUGUGGAGGUGUCGUGCAUCGAUUUGACCAGGAUUUCUUUCUUUUUUUUUUUUUUUUUUUUUCUAACCCGAGUCUACGCUGUUACGUUCGGCCGUUUUCGAACCCGGGUGCUGUGGAGAAAACGUACCAAAGCGCAGGAAGAGCGGUGUUACGGUGUUCCCACUAACCUGAAAAUCCCAAGCACGAGAGGAAAAAAAAUCGCUCGGAUCUAAUUCCUUCCUCUCGUGGACUUUUCAUAGACGUUGGAUGUCUGUGUGAUUAGCUUUUAGCUUGGCGGAUUCACCUUCAGUCGAGGAGGUUACGCUAACCGAAAUAACGGUGUAUGAUUUCGCUUUCUUCCUCACAUUUCUAGUGUCCUGCUACAGCAUGUCGUGUACGGUUUGCACAUUUGUUCAAAGUAUGACAAGGGCCACUAUUCAUUUAAAAUUUUAACGUUUUAUUAUGUCCAUCCAUACACCACACUUUAGGAAACAGUCUAGGGUGGAUUAAUUGAAUCCAUCGAUUCUACAUUCUUGUCUUGGCUUAUCUCUGAUUUUAAGUACGCGCAACGUAGAGUAAAGUCAGAAGUAAAGUCUGUGCUUUGUAAAGCCUCGAUCGGUCGAACGGUUCAGGGCCGCACCAGACUCUCUGAACCGAGAACCCGAGGGCACCGUUUUCCAGGAACGAUUAACUGUCAAAUAUUUUUAGUAACCAGUCCAGGACGGAUACAGUUAGGUUCAAUCAUUUAGGACAGUGUUUCCCAACAGGGGAUGCUUCUGGACCAUCAACUUCAUCCUCAUGUAGCUAACGCUGCCUAGCGUUAGCGUUUCUGUAGGGUGGCGCAAAUUUUUGAACAUUUUCAAAGGGUGCCGUGACUGAAAAAAGCUUGGGAAACACUGAUCUAGGACCAUCGCUAUGUAAGGAAUAACACACACGAGGCUGUGUUGUUAAAGGAAAAUAAUCCACGACAUGGCCCAAAGCAAAGUGGAGUUAAUGUUCUCACCCUGAAGUUCUACUACAGCGAUUUGCCAACGUUGACCAUCUUUAAUUUAUUAACGAGUGAAACGUCAUGCUUUUUAUCCGUUUAUAGGUACCUCUAAUCUUAUGGAACGAGUUUGCAGCUGUAAAGAGUUGUUCUCUCGCCAGCGUUGCUCUUUCUGUCUCUCUCUCUCUCUCUCUCUCUCUGGAAGUUAGAGGCGGCUCGCAGCUUGGCAUGUUACCGAGAAUCCGCAAAGCGUAAACUGGUCGAGUCUGAACACUUUCCCUUGGUGGAAUUUUACAGACGGUUACAGAGUUCUGACGCUGGAAACUCCUUCCGUCGUACGGUAAAAGCCUCCUAAUAGAAAUCUUAAUCAUACGAACGAUCUGUUUUUCCUUGUUCGAUUAAGAAACAUUUAAAAAAAACAAAAAACAAAUUCUGUUUAUUUUUCUUGGAUUAUGUGGCGCAUCUGUCACUCAAGUCCUUGUGAGUGGUUGCUAUAGAAACGAGCAUGCAUUGGAAGAUCAGUUAAUCAGAUUAAUCAGUUAAUCUUCUGAUUCGAGAAUUCAGCAGCGCUCUGAUAUAAUACAUGACAAUUCCAAUGUUUUUUUUUGUUUUUUUUUUAAAAAUCUAAUCUCAAUGCAUUGGACAACCUGUUAUGAUGGCGUAUCUCCCUAAAUGUUGUUCAUUUAUAACAUAAAGACUGAAUGCUUUCUUUGCUUUGCUGUUUGUUUCAUGAUUUGAAUCAGUGAUCACCGCUCAGGGGCGGGGUUUAGUAGUAGAAGAGUAUGGUCGUCGGAAAUCCGACCCUAAAUCAUCUCUCCUGCACGUCUAACUCGGUGAACGAGUGUUUGCCGAUGAUCAUAUCGACCUGCUGGGGUUUCAGCGCGUGUGAAACCGAUCAGCUUCCAGGCGCUGGGCUUCGAAUAGGACCGUGAAUGUGAUUGGUUGAAAUGUUCACGUUACUUCCUGUUUCGGUUUCACAGUGUUGAAGAAAACUAAACUAAACAGAUUACAGAAUCAACAAUUAUUUUAGUCGACAAGGGAACAGGUUUGUCCUGCUCAGUUAUCUCGUAAGUCGGUCGGCUUGUUCUUACGACCCGGUCCAGGACAGGCAGUAACCGGAACAAUAAUACAAAGAGAUGACGAUCCACUGCGAAAUCUCCGUUAAUCAAACUGUGUACACAAAAGUAAUGUCUGGAAUUCCACAAGCGAUCCACGCUUCGAAUGGAAUACGAGAAAGCAUACUGUGAUUAUGAGCCCCGCCCCUAAACGAGCCUAAAAUGCUGGGUCCUGGGCGUGGACGUUCGGCAUUCGAGUGUGAAGACGACCGCAGAAGGCAGAAUUUUAGAAGAAAGCAUCAAUUCGGACGACCCUGCCUAUAAAUACAGCCCUAGAAGGCAGAAUUCGUACAAUUCAGACAGAUUCUGCGCGUACCACGUUGUCGGGUCUGGUUCUUGGGCGUGAUUAGCGUAAAUCCGUGGAGUUUAAUUAGUGACCUCACACACCGAUCACGUAUCUAGCCCCGCCCCCGGGGCAGCUGUACUAGGUCUGAUUUAACAAAAUAAGAUAAAUUAGUAUCAGGUUUGAGCUGUAUAAUCUGUCUAAACGAUUAUUUUUCUUCAAUUCAUUUAUAAGAAUAAUGACACUCCCAGAAUCGAUCCUGGGUCCAAACCCUACGUGUGAAACUGCUCAAACUCCUCCUCUUUUUUUUUUUGUUUUUUUUGGGUCCUGUGGGUAAACAGUAUUUCCUGUGCAUUUAGUUAAAGCGGUGCAUGCAAUCUGCUGAACUCUGUUCCGUCUGCUCCGGCAGCUCACAUCCUGUUUUAGAAGUACGACAGAAACAGAAACGCAGUGUUUGUGAACAGGCGUGGCGGUGGGCGGGGGUUAUUUUUAGAGUCUGGCUCGCAUCGUACCAUUGGUCAGUUUCUCUUACUAUAUAUAGAAAGCCUCGUUUUGUCUUGUCAGAGCAGAAACGGCGAAAUGACCCGAGCCAGCCUCUUGGUUUCAGUUCCUUCAGCUCAGACCGCGCAUUACAGCGAGCUCAGUAACAGGAUGUAGUGGGGGGGGGGG